UGAUGGGCCGGGCUCGUGGUGGAUCCCUAACGUUGCGGUAUCCUAGGGCUAGUGUAGUCGCUCAGUAGGUCAGACAGGCGGGCAACUCGGAUGCGUAAGGGUCUGCGCACAUAUUUCUACCGAAAAUGCAAAGCUUUUUUCACUGAGGCGUGCACUUUUCACACCACCGCACGCUCUGGAGCACGCGGCUCACAGUGGUCAGUUACGUUUUUGUUUGGUUCGGUAGCGGUUGUACGAGGCUAGUGUUGUUGUGGUGGCCUGUUGUAUAGUGAACGUCAUCAGUGUGGCGCUUUGCUUCAGUCAGAACGCAGUCAACAGUGGUCGUUAAGUUGUUGCUGAACGUAGUGCGCCCAUCUUCAAGACGUCUGGCCAGCCGCUUCAAGAAUCUCCGUGACAGGUGGUUACUACAUUUGCAAAACAAGCAACAAAAAAACGUACCACUAGCCAACAAUCAACCUCAGUGUCAAAAAAAAAGAUUGCUUAUGGCGGCAAAGAAAACGGAAACCACCAUCAACUAGAACCAUUGCGUUAAAGCCGCUGUUUUGGACAAGUUAGUGUCUCGCUAGGAAAGUGUUUUGUUGAGUUUUGGAGGAUGUGUGCACCUUUUCCGGUUUAUGCGGCUGGUUUUAAACGUGCUCGAGCUUGAUAUGUGUUGAUGGGCAGCCAUGUCAACGAUGGAAUGGUGUGAUUGGCAAAUGAGGGUAUCCCUCCACUAAGAUGUGCUACACACCAUCGUGAUCCAUUCAUUCGUUUACCCAUCACUUCCUUCGCUUAAUUCUGCAAAGCUUUUGCAGCCUCUGACGUCGGCGGAAACAAAAAGACGAAGCGGAGGCACGCGCCUAUCGCUUCUCGCAACUCAUGGCUGUGUGUGCAAGUGCACUGCAAUUAACCACCUGGUGAUCACCGAGGAUUGAGCGUGCGAGAAUGAGAAUAAAGCGCAACGAUCCCUCGUACGUUCUGUUGUUGUUUGCAAACUCUUGCCCCGUUCCAACAGUCGACGACAGUGUUGCUGGGUUCUCAAUUCGAUCGCGAUGUGCGGUAUGUUGUCGAAGUCCCUAGGACUGCGCUUACUGUUGUGUGCUUUGACGGUGGUUCUUGCCAAUGACCCACCUGUAGACGGUGUAACGUUCAAUGAUUCUGUGUCGGAAGCAAGUACCGGAUCGCGAGAUGCAAGAUUUCUGGCGUUCGGUGAGGGGCUUGGUAGCGAGGAGUUUAGUCUCUAUCCUGUGCAGUGGAACGAUGAUGGAAAGACUACUGAUAGAUACGAUGAUGGUGGUGAGCUAGUGCGGCUUGUGGAAGGUGGUUCGGAUUUGAAUCCAGACCCUUAUGAAGUGAUAGAGGUGAAACCCUUCGGUUACGGACGCUAUGGAACCACUACGAGCAAGUACAUAGAUGCAAGUGCUUACCAGAAGUUAACUAGCGGUGACAUCCCGCGCACACCGUUGGACACCACCUUCCACUUCGCUUCUAACAGUGAACUAGGUGACAGCUUCUAUCCGACCGCGGCGGCCCUCCAGUCGCAAGAUGAACCGGUAGUGAUGGCGAAGACACCGUCUUUGUCACGUGUUUCAGAGUUCGUUCGUAGUAUGCUGCAGCGAUUUGGCGUGUAUCAGUACAUUGAGGCGUACCAGAGCAAGAGCAGCAGCAGUAGCAGUAGUAGCAGUAGCAGUGAGAGUUCCACCCCUGGCACAUCCGGUCUCUCAUUGCAUUUGCAACGAAUCAUACCACACCGGUUUCGGCCCCACUUUGUCAACACAGCCAAGGGUCUACGUAACAUUCCGGCACAGCUCAACGACGGUCAGUUGCAACCGGCCCCAGAACAUAUUGCAGAUGGAUUAGACCAAACACAAAACACCGGAGGACUAUCGGGACAGAACACUGGAAGUAGUAGCAGUAGUAGUAGUGGCACUGGCACUAGUAAAACACCCGGAACGUCCGGCGGAAGUUCCGGUACGAUCAGUUCACUAUUCAACACCUUCAAGCGGAAAGUCAAAGCCAUAUAUCCGGGAACCGUUUGGUGCGGAGACGGCAACCAAGCAAAGAGUGAGAACGAUAUUGGGUUUUUCUAUCUGACUGACAGCUGCUGUCGAGCCCACGAUCUCUGUCCCAUCACCAUUGCGGCAGGCGAACAGUUUAACCGGCUGAAAAACAAUGGCUACUUUACUCGAUCGCACUGUGAUUGUGAUAAACAAUUUUAUAACUGUCUGAAGAACGCCAACACCCUCGUUUCGCGGCAGAUCGGCUACACGUACUUCAAUCUCCUGAAACCACAAUGCUUCCGCUUCGAGCAUCCCAAGCUGAACUGCACCAAAAGGUACCCUGUCGUGCGUUGUGCGUCAAAGUUCUCGACGAACAAUUUGUGUAGCUUAAACAUCUUAUUUUGCUUACAUAUUUCGAUCUUUUUCUUCCCUUCCCUUAAACCCUUUUUUCAUCGCACAGAAGUAAAGGCAAGUGCUUAUCGUAUGUCGUGGACGAAAAGCAGAGCAAGCAGUGGCAGUGGUUCGAUAAUCUCAUAUAUUAACCUUCUUUUUUGCAUACGGAAUGCAUUAAUUUGGUAAAAUAUGGAUCCCAAGCGUACUGUGUUUCACGACACCCUACGCAGUCUGACGAAAGAGGUUUAAGUACGUUACAACCAUUUCACCCCAUUUCCUGCCCCAUCCAUAACGUCCCCCAAACCGAUCGCGAUGUUGUGGAGUGGUCUAUUUUAAAAGUUAACGUUACCAAAAUCGUUUUCAUUAAGGGCAACCAUGUUACGUAGACGAGUCGUUCACCGUACCGUGUCGAGUAAGCUAGAUGUAAAGCGCGACCGGCUUACAACAUACACUAAGCAAAGCGCAUAACUACAGCGUGAAGGGAAGUGGUGUAAACAUCGUUUUUCGCGAAAAUAAACGUCCCUUGGGCACGCGCAUAGUUCACUAUUCAAUUUAAAAUCAAUAAAACUGAUUGGCUGGCUCAGGAAGUAGAAUAAUUAGUUAUUUCGGCUUACUAAGCUUACUCUCAUGCAUCAAAUGCAUGAACAACAAUAACAAAAAACAAAGGAAAUUGAUUAGUUAAUUGAGUUAUUUAGGGGAAGAAACCGAACAUUUAAGAGAGAACAAGGAACGUUAAAAGCAACACCCUAAUCGUACUAAUAUCGCCAUAAAAUCACGCUUGUAAUAGUAAUUCAUCUAAUGUAAGUUUUCACAGUAAAAUAAAGCAAAAAAAAGAUUAUUCUUUUAUUGACACUCUCUAAGCAAUAGAAAGAAGCCUGAUUACGAUUUAGUUUUACCAUGAUACAGAAAAAAUUUUUUCCUCAUUAUAAAUUAAACUUCACAAUAAUUGUGGUUAGUUUAUCUGAAUGAUUUUACCCCAAAAAAAAAACAAUAAAAUAAUAAAAA